AUGGAUAAAAAAUCUGAAUCAUGGAAUAGAACAGGAUCAACUUCACCAACUUCAACUUUCCGUUCACAACAAGGUGGCUCUAUUUCAUCCUUUCGAGACGACACUUAUGCUAGUAUAAUUGAGGGUUUAAAAAAAAUCUAUAGUAACAAAAUCAAACCAAUAGAAACUACUUAUAAUUUUGAAGGAUUUCAUUCGCCACCUUUGACUGAUAGCGACAUUGAGGCCAAGCCAAUUGUCCUUUUGAUAGGACAAUACUCAACAGGAAAAACCACCUUUAUUAAAUAUUUAUUAGAUAGAGAAUAUCCCGGAAGCCAUGUCGGUGUAGAGCCAACAACGGAUCGAUUCGUUGCAGUUAUGAAUGGUGUUGAAGAUCGAGUCAUCCCAGGUAAUGCUGCAGCUGUAGACGCUCAAUUACCAUUUCGAGGACUAAAUAAAUUUGGUCAAACAUUUUUAUCUAGGUUUCAGGUUUCACAACUUUCUUCUAAUGUAUUGGAGAAAAUGACUAUUAUUGACACUCCCGGAAUUCUUUCCGGCGAUAAACAACGACUCGAUCGUGGUUAUGAUUUUACGGCCAUCAUUGAGUGGUUUGCAGAGCGAGCUGAUCUGAUAUUAUUACUUUUCGACUCUCAUAAAUUAGAUAUAUCUAAUGAAUUCAGGAUGGCAAUUCAUUCAUUGAGGGGUCAAGAAGAGAAAGUUAGAGUUUUACUAAACAAAACAGACAUGGUAGAUGGACAGCAAUUAAUGCGGGUCUACGGAGCGCUUAUGUGGUCAUUAGGUAGAGUUGUUCAAACACCUGAAGUAAUGAGAGUAUUCCUUGGUUCAUUUUGGCUUGAGAAACCUCUAAAUGUAUUUGAGGAUUGUCGAACGCUAAUUGAAUCAGAGCAAAAGGAUCUGCUCGAUAGUUUACGAGAACUGCCUCGUAAUGCUACUGUUAGAAAAAUAAACGAAAUUGUCAAAAGAGCGAGACUAGCAAAGGUACAUGCUUAUAUAAUUGGACAUUUGAAAAAGGAAAUGCCCGCAAUGUUUGGUAAACAGUCUAAACAGAAUGAACUCAUUAAUGGAUUAGAUAAGGAAUUUAUAAAGAUACAACAACGUCAUCAAUUAGCUCCUGGAGAUUUCCCAAACGUGGAAAAGUUUAAACGAGGUUUAGGAAUUUACAAAUUUGAUAAGUUCCAUAGUUUGAAGCCCCAAAUACUGGAAAAAGUGGAAGAUGCACUUUCUGCUGAUCUGCCAAAAUUAAUUACCAAAUUUCCUCCAGGAAACAGAAUGUUAUCUCAUGCUGAGCGUAAUCCGUUCGGAAAUUCUGAACCAAAUUAUUAUGAUCGAUCCGACCUUCCUCCUAAUUAUUGGGAAUUUUCUUCGGUUGAUAAAUCUUCGAUCAUUUCACAAUUCAACUCUUUGCGUCCUAUUGAUGGUAAAGUUCCUGGUUCUUCUAUCAGACCUGUUUUGAUAAAGACGGGAUUAUCACAGGAUAUACUUGCAAAAAUUUGGGGAUUGGCUGACUGGGAUAGCGAUGGAUACAUGGAUUCAGACCAAUUUGCUGUAGCUAUGCAUCUUUGCAAAGGUGUUAUAUCUAGUGGUGAAUUACCAGAUGAAUUACCAAAAGCCAUGAUUCCCAACAGAAAAGUUUAA